CUACUUUGGGGUUGUAACUUGGCAUUUCAUUAAGCCCACUGGCUUCCAUGGAUCCGUGGGGCUUCACCACUUUUGCCCUUGUGGCUGUUGUCUUUUUCCUGUUUUUCCAGUUAAUAUGGAGCAAAGGAUACAAAGCAAGGCUCCCUCCAGGCCCAACUCCUCUUCCCAUCCUUGGGAACAUGAUACAGUUGAACUCCAAGAAUAUCUUCACAGUUUUAGACAAGCUGGCUGAAAAAUAUGGCUCUAUUUACACUAUACACCAGGGGCUGCAGAGAAUUGUUAUAUUACAUGGAUAUGAAGCAAUAAAAGAAGCUCUGAUUAACCAGGGAGAUGAGUUUGUAUACAGAGAACAACUACCAAUAUUUGAGGAAGCCUUCAAAGGAAAAGGUGUCCUUUCAAGCAAUGGUGAAAAGUGGAAGCACAUCCGACGUUUCUCACUCAUGACCAUGAAGAACUUUGGGAUGGGGAAAAGAACUGUUGAGGAGAGAGUCCAGGAAGAAGCUCGGUAUCUGGUGAAAGAGAUCCAAAACACAAAGGGUCAAGCCUUUGACCCCACCUUCAUCCUCGGCUGUGCUCCCUGCAACGUGAUCUGCUCUAUCCUCUUCAAUGAUCGCUUUGACUAUGAUGAUAAGAAAUUUCUGCACCUGAUGGAAAUCUUAAAUGAAAAUUUUAGGCUCUUAAACACGCCAUGGGUCCAGCUCUACAAUUUUUACCCUUCGCUCAUAAAGCAUCUUCCUGGAAGUCACAGGACCAUCAUUAAAAAUAUCAAGCAAAUCAUGGAUUUCAUAAUGGAGCAGGCGAAGAAGCACAAGGAAAUCCUGGAUCCAAACAACCCUCGGGACUACAUCGACUCUUUCCUCAUCAAAAUGCAACAGGAGAAACUGAAUCCACAGUCAGAAUUCAGUUAUCAGGAAUUGGUGGCUACUGGAUCCAAUUUAUUUGCCGCCGGCACAGGAACAACAGCCAGCACUCUGAGAUACGGGCUUUUACUGCUCAUGAAAUACCCAGAGAUACAAGCCAAAGUUCAUGAAGAAAUCGAUCGAGUGGUUGGCUCAAGCAGAGCGCCCUCCAUGCAGGAUAGAGUCAAGAUGCCCUACGUGGAUGCUGUCGUGCAUGAGAUACAGAGAUACAUUAGUCUUCUCCCCUUCAGUCUUCCCCGAUCAGCACCCUGGGACAUCCAUUUCAAAAACUAUGUGAUUCCCAAGGGCACGACUAUAUUCCCUUUGCUCCACUCCAUCUUGUAUGAUAGAAAAGCAUUCCCCAAUCCAUACCAGUUUGACCCACAGAACUUCUUGGACAAAUCCGGCAACUUUCAGAAGAAUGACUACUUCACACCUUUCUCUUUGGGAAAACGCAUUUGUCUUGGAGAGAGCCUGGCUCGGAUGGAGUUGUUUCUAUUCCUGGCUACUAUUCUGCAGAACUUUACCUUGAAGCCCUUGGUUAAUCCAAAGGAACUUGACAUCACCCCACUCAAGAUUGGAUUUCUCUGUGUCCCCCCAAUUUUUAAAUUAUCUCUUCUUCCUAGAUAAAUGAUGUUUUGUGGCCACACAAAUCAGCUUCAUUGCUUGGUUUCCACAACACAUUCAAUUUCUAUUUUAUAUUAAAUUCUUGGUGUUUGGUGUUGGGAAGACACUUCUACCCUCUCCAGGUUAAAAACAAUGUCAGGACAGUUGCUGCAAAAGAGACAUACACGAAUAAUGGAAUCACCACAGCCUAAUACUUGGACACUCUUCCUUGGCAGCAGCAAAGAACUGCAUCAAAGGGAAAUCAUAUGCUUGAUUCAAGGCUUUAUUUCUAAUCUUAAGAAAUUCUAAAAAGUUUGCAAAUUGUCUUUCAUGACCUGGAAUUGUUAAUAAAUUUUGUUGGGGCAGCUAGGUGGCACAAUGGAUAGAGCACCGGCCCUGGAGUCAGGAGUACCUGAGUUCAAAUCCAGCCUCAGACCCUUAAUACUUACUAGCUAUGUGGCCCUGGGCAAGUCGCUUA